CUGCAGUCUGAAUCUUGGCGUCGCGCAGACCCGAGACGACGCUGUGGCCAAGCGCUGCGAUACUGGGAAUACACACUGCACAUUUCUCUGUGUACAACAAGAUCCCCGACUACUCUCCGACGUUGGCUGAGAACUUCUAAAACGAGGCGGGUUUGUUUUUUUUCUUGGAUCCGGAUACCUUAUUCCAUGCGCCGCUCGUUCUUUCGAAUCCCGGCUGAAACGUGGAUUAUCGGACACCGCGAAUGCUGUUAUGCUUGUUGGAGAUCAAUUAGACAGAGGGACAAAUAAGUGCUGCGGGAGAAACUGAAACGGGAAUCUCCUGGUUUGGGGGCUUGUGUCCGUUAAUAUCAUUCACCUACGUGGAGCGGAUGAGGGAUUUUCGUGAUUUCUUUUUUUUUCUCUUACUCGUCAGGGGUAGAUCACUGACCACUUGAAAUACGUCCACCCCCCCUUUGGCUUGCCUCCCCUCUUCUUUCUCCCCCCUUUAGGUGUGAAAUCUAUCUUCUCAGACAGAGACUCUGAACCCCUCGGUCCCCGCAUGACAUGGUUCAGUCCAGCUGCGAGAUCCGAGCCUCCUCCAUGCAUUGGGAUUUUUCUCAGCGCCGAUACCGAGUGAAUCUCCCUUUUCUGACCAUCUGAGAACUCAUAGCGCCUCGGCCAGACCAGAGAGAAAAUAAAAUAAAAUAAAUAAAUAAAUAAAAAGCCCUGCCAUGACCGCCGCUUCAAAUCGGGACGGAGCAACUGGACUUGUGAGGAGACCGGAAUGCGCAUACAGGAAAGGGGACGGAAUUCGGAUUUUUGCUCUAAUGAAGGCGGGAGUGCAAGCGCACCAUUGGAGCCGGGUGCUGCUCUUGUACAUGGGGCUGCUGGCCGCCUCGGUAAAGGCUCAGAACUGCAGUUACACACUACAGAAUCCCAACGGGACAAUAGAGAGCCCUGGAUAUCCGUACGGCUAUCCUAACUAUGCCAACUGCACAUGGGUCAUUGUGGCGGCGGAGCACAACCGGAUACAGCUGGUGUUUCAAGGCUUCGCCCUAGAGGAGGACUUUGACAUCUUGUCUGUGUACGACGGGCCGCCCAGCCCUGGGAACCUGCGGACAAGGUUAACUGGGUUCCAGCUGCCUUCACCCAUUGUGAGUACAGGCUCCAGACUCACACUGUGGCUCCUGUCUGACUACGCCGUCAGUGGGCAGGGAUUUAAAGCGAUAUAUGAAGCUCUGCCCAGCUACACUUGUGGUAAUCCUGGACAGCUAUUGAAUGGCCACCAGCAGGGGUCCACUUUCAAUAUUGGAGACAAAAUCCGCUACAGCUGCAGCCCGGGCUACGUGCUAGAGGGACACACCACCCUCUCCUGCCUCGCCACCUCAGCUGGUACAGCCGCCUGGGAUUUUCCUCUUCCCUACUGCAGAGCGGAUGAUGGAUGUGGAGGGACUCUGCGGGGCCAGAGUGGGGUGAUCACCACUCCCAAUUACCCAGCUGAGUAUAACAACAACGCUGACUGCACCUGGACAGUGCUGGCCGAGCCAGGAGACACCAUUGCCCUGGUUUUCUCUGACUUUCAGCUGGAGGACGACUAUGACCUGCUGGAGGUCAGCGGCACUGAGGGUUCUUCACAGUGGUUUACUGGCCCCAACCUUCCUUCGCCCAUCAUUAGCAGCAAGAACUGGCUCCGACUGCACUUUACAUCUGAUGGAAACCACAAGUUGAGAGGUUUCAGCGCCCAGUACCAAGUGAAGAAGAUGACUGAGCUCAAGUCUCGAGGUGUAAAGAUGCUGCCAAGCAAAGACAACCACCACAAGAUCUCAGUGUUGUCUCAGAUGGGAGUGGCGCAGGGACACAACAUGUGUCCAGAUCCUGGGAUUCCGGAUCGAGGAAAAAGAAAAGGAUCUGACUUCAGGCGAGGAGCUACAGUGCAUUUCUCCUGCGACGAGGGUUAUGAACUGCAGGGCUCAAAGAGCAUCAGUUGCCUCAGGGUGACGGACAGCUACGUUGGCUGGAGUGACGAUCGGCCAAUCUGCAGAGCACCAAUGUGCGGAGGUCAGUUGAGGGGACCCAGCGGUGUCAUCACGUCUCCAAACUACCCAGUCCAGUACGACAACAAUGCUAAUUGCACGUGGGUCAUCACGGCAACAGACCUGUCUAAGGUAAUCAAGCUGACAUUUGAAGAUUUUGACCUGGAGCGAGGCUACGACACCCUGACGGUGGGGGACGGCGAGGUGGUGGGAGACCAGAAGACCAUCUUCCACGUGCUCUCUGGCACCACUACUCCAGACCUCGUGGUGAGCACCAGUCACCAGAUGUGGCUCAACUUCAAAACUGAUGACACCAGUGGGUCCCAGGGCUUCAAGGUGUCCUAUGAAGAAAUUGACCAAGGCAGUUGUGGAGAUCCUGGAAUCCCGGCUUACGGCAAACGUGAGGGGACGGGCUUUCGUCAUGGGGACAGACUUUACUUUGAGUGUCUGCCUGCCUUUGAGCUAGUGGGCAAGAAGAACAUUACCUGUCAGAAGAACAACCAGUGGUCGGCAAAGAAGCCCAGCUGUGUUUUUUCUUGUUUCUUCAACUUUACUACUCCGUCUGGGGUGCUACUGUCUCCCAACUACCCUCAGGAGUACGGGAACAAUAUGCACUGUGUGUGGCUCAUCAUCACCAACCCUGAGAGCAGGAUCAAUCUGGCCUUCAACGACCUCAGCAUGGAGAAACAGUUUGACUUCCUCUCCAUCAAGGAUGGGGGAAAGGCUGAAUCUCCCAUCUUGGGAACCUUCUCUGGUGAUGUCCUGCCUCCUCCCAUAACAACAAGUGCUCACGUAGCACGACUGGAGUUCCUGACUGACCACACCUACACAGACAGAGGCUUUAACAUCACAUUUACUACAUUUCGCCACAAUGAGUGCCCAGACCCGGGUGUGCCAGUCAAUGGGAAGCGCUUCGGUGAAAGCCUUCAGCUGGCAUUCCAUUCCUCCUCCCCAUGUGGAGGAGAUCUGAAGGCUCCCAGCGGGAUCAUCCUUUCCCCCGGCUGGCCAGAACUAUAUAAGGAGGCCCUUAACUGUGAAUGGAUCAUUGAGGCUCCUCCAGGCUACCCCAUCAAGAUCAUCUUCGACAAGUUUCGCACUGAGGUCAACUAUGAUGUCCUUGAGGUGCGCGAUGGCCGCUUUCCCUCGUCGCCUCUAAUUGGGAGCUACCAGGGCACCCAGGUCCCCCAGUUCCUCAUCAGCACCUCCAACUUCCUGUACCUCCUCUUCUCCACUGACAAGAGCCAUUCUGACAUUGGCUUCCGUAUACGAUACGAAACCCUGCAGUUACAAUCAGAUCACUGCGUGGAUCCUGGUAUACCCGUCAAUGGGCAGCGCCACGGCAACGACUUCUAUGUGGGCGCUCUGGUGACAUUUAGCUGCGACGCAGGGUACACUCUCAGUGACACAGAGCCUUUAGAGUGUGAGCCCAAUUUCCAGUGGAGUCGCCCCCUGCCUAGCUGCGAUGCAUUGUGUGGGGGUUACAUCCAAGGCAACGCCGGCACCAUCUUGUCUCCCGGCUUUCCAGACUUUUAUCCGCAUAACCUGAACUGCACAUGGAUAAUCGAGACCUCCCACGGCAAAGGCGUCCAGUUCACCUUCCACACCUUCCACCUCGAGAGCCCCCACGACCAUUUGCUGGUGACGGAGAACAGCAGCUUCUCUCAGCCCCUGUGGAGGCUGACGGGCUCCACGCUGCCUCCCCCGCUCAGCGCCGGCCUGUUCGGAAACUACACGGCGCAGAUCCGCUUUCUGUCCGACUUUUCCGUUUCCUACGAGGGAUUCAACAUCACUUUCUCUGAGUAUGAAUUGGAGCCAUGUGAGGAUCCUGGAAUCCCACCCUACAGUACCAGGAAGGGGCUGCAAUACGGAGUAGGCGACGCCCUCAUCUUUUCCUGUUUCCCUGGUUACCGACUGGAGGGUCCAGCGAGGGUCGUGUGUUUAGGAGGCAGGAGGCGGGUGUGGAGCUCCCCUCUGCCAAGGUGUGUUGCUGAAUGUGGCUCAUCCGUGACUGGCAUGCAAGGGGUGCUGCUCUCGCCCAACUACCCCGGUUACUACGGCAACAACCACGAAUGCAUCUACUCCAUCCAGACGCAGCCUGGCAAAGGCAUUCAGCUCCGAGCACGGGACUUCAGACUGGAGGAGGAUGACAUACUCAAAGUCUUUGAUGGCAGCAGUAAUAAUGCUCGCCUGCUGGGGGUGUUUACAGGCAACGAGCUGCUAGACAUGACCCUGAACUCCACCUCCAGCUCCAUGUGGCUGGAGUUCAUCAGCAAUGCGGAUAAUACCAGUAAAGGCUUUGAGCUGCACUUUACAAGUUUUGAGCUGGUGAAAUGUGAGGAUCCAGGUGUCCCCCAGUUUGGCUACAAGCGAGAGGACAAGGGUCAUUUCGCAGGGAGCUCUGUGUCAUAUAGCUGCGACCCAGGCUACACCCUAAAAGGCCCAGAGGUGCUCACAUGCCUGCGGGGUGAAAGGAGGGCAUGGGACAGCCCCCUUCCACUCUGUAUCGCGGAGUGCGGGGGCACCAUCAAAGAGGAGCCGGCCGGCCGUAUCCUGUCUCCGGGCUACCCAGCUCCGUACGAGCAUAACCUGCACUGCAUGUGGACCAUCGAGGCUGCCCCUGGAAGCACCAUUAGUAUGCAUUUCCUGGUUUUCCACACGGAAGAGGUCCACGACGUGCUUAGGAUUUGGGAUGGGCCCCAGGAUGGAGGCGUCCUGCUGAGGGAGCUGAGCGGCUCAGUGCUUCCCCCAGACGCUCACAGCACCUUCAACACCGUCAGCCUGCAGUUCACCACUGACUUCUUCACCAGCAAGCAGGGCUUCGCUCUGCAGUUCUCUGUCUCUACUGCAACCUCCUGCAACGACCCAGGCAUGCCUACUAAUGGGACCCGCAACGGGGACAGCAGGGAACCCGGAGACCAUGUGGUGUUCCAGUGUGAUCCUGGCUACAUCUUACAGGGGGCAAACAGGAUCACUUGCACGGAGAUCAACGGUCGCUUCUUCUGGCAGCCAGACCCUCCUACGUGCACAGCUCCAUGUGGUGGGAACCUGACAGGUCCUAGUGGGCUGAUUCUGUCUCCUGACUACCCUGAACCUUACCCCCAUGGAAGGGAGUGUGACUGGAGAGUCACUGUCACACAGGACUAUGUCAUCUCUCUGAGCUUCAACCAGUUCAGCUUGGAGCCCAGCUAUGACUUCUUGCACAUUUACGAUGGGCCGGACUCCCUGAGCCCUUUGUUGGGUAGUUUCUACGGCACGGAUGUUCCAGAUCGCAUUGAGAGCAGCUCCAACACGCUCUUCCUGGCUUUCCGCAGUGAUGCUUCCCUCAGCAGCAACGGAUUUGUGCUGCAGUACACGGAGAACCCUAGGGAGUCUUGCUUCGAGCCUGGCCUGGUGCGCAAUGGGACGCGGGUGGGCACCGAUCUCAAGCUGGGCUCCACCGUCGCCUACCACUGCGACAGCGGCUACACGCUAGAGGGAGACGCGACGCUCACUUGCAUCAUGGGGGGAGACGGCAAGCCGAGCUGGAACAAACCCAAACCCAUCUGCAUUGCUCCGUGCGGUGGACAGUACUCCGGUUUAGAGGGAGUGGUCUUGUCUCCUGGUUACCCUGGCAACUACAGCAGUGCCCGGACCUGUUUGUACUCCGUAGUUGUGCCCAAGGAUUACGUGGUCUUCAGUCAGUUUGCCUUCUUCCAGACGGCUCUGAAUGACAUUGUGGAGGUUUACGAUGGAGCAACACAACACUCCCGUGUCCUAAGCUCACUGUCUGGAGCGCACACAGGCGAGUCGUUGCCAUUAGCAACCUCCAACCAAAUCCUGAUCCGCUUUACCUCCAAAGGCCAAUCCAGCUCCAGAGGAUUCCAUCUGGCCUACCAGGCCGUACCACGGACCAGUGCCACCCAGUGCAGCUCAGUCCCUGAGCCCCGAAAUGGUCGGCGCAUGGGCAACAACUUUGCUGUCGGCGCGGUGAUCCGCUUUGAGUGCAGUCCAGGUUAUGUGCUGGAGGGAUCCAGUGCCAUUGAAUGUUUAACCGUUCCCAAUGCCCUGGCACAGUGGAACAGCUCCAUACCCAGCUGUAUAGUUCCAUGUGGAGGAAAUCUGACCCACAGGACCGGCACCAUCUUAUCUCCUGGCUUUCCUGAACCCUACCUCAACAGCCUCAACUGCGUGUGGAAGAUAACUGUUCCUGAAGGAUCAGGGAUCCAGAUCCAGGUAAUCAGCUUUGUCACAGAGCAGAACUGGGACUCACUGGAGGUGUUUGAUGGAGGCGACAACACCGACACCAUGCUUGGCAGCUUCUCAGGCACGACGGUCCCCGCUCUCCUCAACAGCACCUCCAACCAGCUCUACCUCCACUUCUUCUCUGACAUCAGCGUGUCUGCAGCUGGAUUCCGCCUGGAAUAUAAAACCGUGUCUCUCACCAACUGUCCCGAGCCUGUAGUUCCUAUGAACGGCAUCAAGGUUGGGGAGCGUCUUCAGAUGAAUAAUGUGGUGUCUUUCCAUUGUGAACCAGGAUAUACUCUGCAGGGAAACUCACACAUCACGUGCAUGCCUGGAACUGUCAGACGAUGGAACUACCCACCACCUCUCUGCAUAGCUCAAUGUGGUGGAAUCCGGGAGGAGAUGGAGGGAAUGAUUCUCAGUCCUGGUUUCCCUGGCAACUACCCUAGCAACAGUGACUGCACCUGGAGAAUCUACCUGCCAGUUGGUUACGGAGCCCACAUACAGUUCCUCAACUUCUCCACCGAAGCCAACCAUGAUUUCCUCGAGAUACGAAAUGGCCCCCUCGACACGAGCGCUGUGAUUGGCAGAUUCAGCGGCCAGGAUAUCCCCUCCUCCCUCCUCACCACGUCUCACGAGACCACAGUAUAUUUCCAUAGUGACCAUUCGCAGAACAAACCGGGCUUCAGGUUUGAGUACCAGGCAUAUGAGCUACAGGAGUGUCCCGAUCCAGAGCCUUUCCGCAAUGGAGUUGUGGUGGGUGCGGGCUUCAAUGUGGGCCAGUCUAUUUCCUUUGAGUGUCUGCCUGGGUAUCAGCUGACGGGACAUUCCAUCCUCACCUGUGAGCACGGCACCACCCGCAACUGGGAUCACCCGUUCCCUCGCUGCGAAGUGCCUUGUGGCGGGAACAUCACGUCAGACAAUGGCACCAUCUUCUCUCCCGGUUAUCCAGAGGAGUACCCAAGCUCAGCUGACUGCUCCUGGCUCAUCAGCGUGGCUCCUGGCUUCGGCAUCAAACUCAACUUCACCUUGCUUCAGGUUCACGGGCCCCAUGACUUCAUCACUGUCUGGGAUGGUCCACAGGAGACAGCCAGGAAACUAGGUGUGUUCACUGAUGGAGAACCAAAUGACCCACCCAGUAGCACAUCCAAUCAGGUGCUGAUAAGGUUCCGUAGUAACACGGAGAAGGGUGGACUGUUUCGUAUCAGUUACCAAGCUUACAGACUGCAGUACUGCCUGCCUCCACCCAUCAUUCCUAAUGCAGAGAUCCUGAUGGCAAGCAAAGAAUUUAAAAUCGGUGAUAUAGUGCGCUACCGGUGUCUCCCAGGCUACCAGUUAAGUGGAAACAGCAUCCUGACCUGUCGGUUAGGCACACACUUGGAAUUUGAGGGACCUCCACCUUCAUGUGAUGUGACGUGUCCCAUGAAUGAGGUCCUGAUGGCUUCCACAGGCGUCAUCAUGAGCCAGUCACCAGGCAGCGGUUUCCCACAUUUUGAGUCUUGUUCGUGGGUGGUCAAAGUGGAGCCAGGCUACAACAUCACCUUCACUAUUGAACACUUCCAGACCAGCCGUCAGUUUGAUGAGCUUGAAAUAUUUGAUGGUCCGUCCAGACAGAGCCCCCUCCUCGUCACCCUCAGUGGUAACUAUUCCAGCCCUCUGAGCAUCACCAGCUCCAGUAAUAAAGUCUACCUGCACUGGUCCUUCGAUCACACUACCAGCCACAAAGGCUUCCGUAUACGCUACUCAGCGGCCUACUGCAGCCCUCCAAACAACCCUGUAAAUGGCACCGUGCACAGUCUGAGUGGUACCAAGCUUGGCAGCACUUUGCGUUUCACCUGUGACCAGGGCUUCCGUCUUAUUGGCCAGAGCAGCGCCACAUGCACCCGGACCGCACAGGGGAUCUACCAGUGGAAUGCACCGGUGCCGCUUUGCCAAGUAAUGUCCUGUGGAAUGCCAGUGCCUCCUGUUAACGGCAGUAUUGUCGGCCAGGACUUCUCUCUGGGAGCCAAGGCCACCUAUCAGUGUAACCCUGGAUUUCGUCUUGCUGGGCCGGUCACAACAUCAGUGAUCUGUCAAGAAUCUGGGAGGUGGAGCCCCAUUGAGGCCCCACCCAGAUGUGUUCCGGUUACCUGCCCUGACAUUGGCCACUCUGCUGUGGAACAUGGGAGAUGGAGACUAAUCUAUGGGACUCAAAACCAAUAUGAUGCUAUAAUGAUGCUCAUAUGUGACCCGGGAUAUUACUACAGAGGCCAAAGAGUCAUUCGCUGCCAGGCCAACAGUACAUGGAACUACCCAGAUCCUCGCCCAGUCUGUGACAUUAUCUCCUGCGGGGACCUUGGGACUCCACCAAAUGGCAACAAGAUUGGAACACUAACUGUCUAUGGAGCCACAGCCAUUUUCUCCUGCAACACAGGAUACACCUUGGUUGGCUCUCGUGUACGAGAGUGUAUGUCCAACGGGCUUUGGAGCGGAUCACAGGUUCAGUGUCUAGCUGGCCAUUGUGGCACCCCAGAGCCAAUAGUGAACGGCCAAAUCAACGGGGAGAAUUAUAACUACAGAGGCAGCGUUGUGUACCAGUGUAACCCAGGAUUUCGUCUCAUUGGCUUGUCGGUGCGAAUCUGUGAACAGGAUCACAGCUGGUCUGGACGUACUCCUGUCUGUGUCCCCAUCACUUGCGGUCACCCUGGCAACCCUACCUUUGGUAUGACGCAAGGAACCCAGUUCAACCUAAAUGACGCUGUACGCUUUGUCUGCAAUACCGGAUACGUUCUGCAGGGGACUGUGAAAUCUAUGUGCCAGGCCAAUGGGCAAUGGAGCAAUGCCCUACCAAAGUGUAAAAUUGUUAACUGCACAGAGCCAGGCCAUGUAGAGAACAGCAUUCGGCAGGUACUGCCCAGUGGGCCGCACCGCUACAGCUUCCAGACCGCCGUGUCAUACCGCUGUAACCCGGGCUACUACCUGCUGGGCACCAGCUCCAUCUCCUGCCAGGGAGACGGCACCUGGGACCGCUCUUUGCCCAAAUGCUUGUUGGUGCUGUGCGACCGCCCCAGCAUGCCUCCCUACGCCCAGAUCUCAGGAGACCGUCGAACGGUGGGCUCGGUCAUUCGCUACAGCUGCAUUGGCCAGCGCAGCAUCAUCGGCAACACAACUCGAAUGUGCCAGCUGGACGGGCAGUGGAGCGGCUCGCCACCACACUGCUCCGGUGACUCUGCUGGUCUGUGUGGAGAUCCUGGUGUUCCUGUUCACGGUAUCCGUCUGGGGGAGGAGUUCACCGUUGGCAGCGUUGUCCGCUUUAGCUGUGAGCCUGGCUACAUGCUGAAGGGCUCACCAGAGAGAACUUGUCUGACGAACGGAACCUGGCUGGGCACACAGCCCGAGUGUCAUGUAAUUUCUUGCGGAAACCCAGGAACUCCCCGGAACUCCCAGAUCCUCAUUCACGAUGGCCUAACCUUCUCUAGAUCCAUCACUUACGCCUGUAGGGAGGGCUACUACUCUACUGGACUGCUUACCCGACACUGCACUGUGAAUGGGACCUGGACCGGCAACAUGCCAGAGUGCUCAGUAAUCAACUGUGGUGACCCAGGAAUCCCAACCAAUGGGGUGAGAUUUGGGAAUGAUUUCACCUACAACCACACAGUGAGUUUCCAGUGUUCUCCUGGUUUCACCAUGGACGCUGACCGGGCGUCCUCUCUCAUCUGCACCAAGGACCGCACCUGGAAUGGCACCAAACCGCUCUGCAAAGCGAUCGUAUGUGGUCCACCACCUGCCAUCCCUAAUGGACAGGUCGUUGGUACAGACUUCACCUGGGGCUCCAGCAUCAGCUACUCCUGCAACCAAGGUUACCAGCUGUCCCUUCCCACUGUGUUAACGUGCCAAGGCAAUGGCAACUGGAGUGGAGAGAAACCGCAGUGCUUCCCUGUGUUCUGUGGAGACCCAGGAAUGCCAGCCCAGGGGAGGAGGGAGGACCGAGGUUUCACCUAUCUCUCCUCUGUCUCCUUUUCCUGCUACCCUCCCCUCGUCCUCGUUGGCUCAACCAGGAGAUACUGCCAGUAUGACGGCACCUGGAGUGGCACUCAGCCUUCUUGUAUAGAUCCCAGUCACACUACUUGCGGGGACCCUGGCACUCCUCUGUUUGGAAAUCAGAACAACAGCCAAGGCUACCAGAUCAGCAGCACUGUGUUCUUCAACUGCAGAAAGGGCUACUUACUGCAGGGCUCCAUUUCUCGCACGUGUCUGCCCAACCUCACUUGGAGUGGCUUUCAACCUGAGUGCAUUGCCCAUCAUUGCAGCCAGCCAGAGCUGCCAGCCCAGUCUGAUGUGAGAGCCAUUGAACUGCCAUCCCUUGGCUACACGCUGAUCUAUACGUGUCAGCCUGGUUUCUACUUGGCUGGAGGAUCAGAACACAGGACCUGCAGGUCCGAUGGUAGCUGGUCAGGAAAACCACCGCUGUGUGCAGCUGAUAAUCGCCCAAGUGGGAAGAGCCCAGUGGGGACAGUGCAGGAGCCACCCUCCAAAUUACCAGUCCCUGGUGGUGUGUUUGCUAAGAACUCCCUCUGGAGGGGAUCCUACGAGUACCUGGGGAAGAAGCAGCCAGCUAUGCUGAGCAUCACUGCCUUUGAACCCUUUAGCAACCGGGUCAACGGGACGCUCAUUGACCACAGUGGAGUGGAACUAAAACUGGCAGGUACAUACAAGAAGGAGGAAGCCCAGCUGCUGUUACAGGUCCACCAGAUCAGAGGCCCUGUGGAGAUCUUUGUCAACAAGUUCAAAAUAGACAACUGGGCUUUGGAUGGACAUGUGUCCUACAUCUCCUCAUCCAACUCCUUUGUGUACCAGGGAUUUGUCAGAGGGAAGGGCUUUGGCCAAUUCGGUCUCCAGAGACUGGAGAGCUUAGAUCCCAGCAGAGACAACCCGGGCUACAACUUCGCCUCCAACAGCAGUUCAGUGGCAGCAGCCAUCCUAGUGCCUUUCAUAGCCAUGAUAAUUGCAGGCUUUGCGCUGUACCUCUACAAACACAGAAGAAGACCCAAAGUUCCCUUCAACGGUUACGUGGGCCAUGAGAACACGAACGGACGAGCUACGUUCGAGAACCCUAUGUAUGACCGCAACAUCCAACCUACUGACAUCAUGGCCAACGAGACAGAGUUCACAGUCAGCACAGUGUGCACAGCUGUAUAGCAACUGCUUCCUCCACAGUUACGAGGAGAGAGAUGCACCACAUCCUCGUCUACCUGCCAACAGAGGACAUCUAUAGUUCCUUGUGCAGAGGGCAAGACAAAGAUCAUUUUAUUUGCUGAAACACAUUCGAGAAACAUCUCCAAUGGCUCUAACCUGCAGGAGACGAGAAAAAAGAAAAAGAAGAAACCAUGUGAAGACAACUGUAACAAACGCCAACAACAAAAUGCUUUUUUUGUAACUUUACAUGGUUUCCUGAUCAUUUUCCAUUGUUGUGGAAAAGCUUCCACCUGAAACUACGGCCCGGCAGGAGCACUGCUGGACGCGAAGCUGUGAGGACUUUUCUCACCGCCCUCCGUCUAAAACCCAAAGGGAAUUUUACGGUCAACUUUAAGUCGGGAAAUGUUCCUGUAGCUAACGGAGAUCUCUGUGGACUGCUCUGCGGACAGCCUCGCUUUGGCCUGUGUGUGAGUCAGAGAGAGAAAGAGGGAGAGACAGUGCGGACUGUUUGCUUUCAUCCUUCUCUCUGUUUUCCAUUCGCUUUUUGUUGCGUCCUUUUUUAAACGCAGCUUGCUUUGUGUGAUGAGUAAUUGGGAACCCAGCUUCUCCCAAACUGGUUUUCCCAUGGAGUUUGAUCCUGGGGCUUUUGAAAGGUUCCAAGGCCUCAGGUUUCAGGCUGUGGAUGAAUUAAACAUUCAGUGAGUUUUGAAGGCCGUGUCGGACACACACUCUAUCAUUACUUUCUGAGCUUAACUCACUCUCAUAUCUUUUUUUUUUGUGUGUCUGUGUGUAUGUGUGAGGGGAAUGAAAUUCUGCUUGCCCAUGCAGCUAGGUCCAGAGCAGGGGUUAAAACGUAGCUCGAGCUGAAAAAAGCACUUAGUGGGGCUGUAAGAGAGAAUUUAUGUGUACACGUGAGUGAGACGGAGCAUUUGAGUGCGUGUGAGUGUAUUUCUGCACACAUCCCUAAAAUAUCUCCCGGCCUCAGAUAUUCAACCAAACAAUACAAUAAGCUCCUCUGUUCGUUUUGUUUCCUGGAUUGAUAUUUCUUUUUAUUUUAAGAAAUGCAAAGGAUGAGAAGGUCUCACCUGGAGAAACAAGUAGAUUAAAUAUAUACAGAGAACAAAUAUUGACAAUCUAUUGAACCACAGAGAACUCUCAUCCACUUUCUUUUUGUUUGCUGUGUUUCAUACGCAGUCACUUUUACAUGCUUUGUUUUUGCAGAGACUGAAAGGACGUGUGGAUAGGCAAGUUUACAUCUCUAACUGAUGCACCCAAAUCAAAAUGGUAAACGAGAAGAAAUGAUGUGAAAACUUGCUAAUGAAGGAAAGAGAUGUUAUCAAGGUCAAGGAAGGGAUAGACAAACUCUUUGGACCCACAUUCAUCACAUCUGUUCCUCCAGAAUGCUGUGCUAACCAGCAGAGCAGUCUCUUUAGAAAGGCUGGUGUUAGAUGCAUCUCUGAUUCUCCAGGGUAAAGGUGGUACAUACUGUUCUUCUCUGAGAUCAGGUUGCAGCAUGCGCUCCCUAAACCUGGCCUUAGGAAAACUAAGAUCAAAGUGCGGUCAUGUUCUCACUCCCUCAGUCAAAGGCAUCGGUGAAUCUGUGAGUGGUGUGCUCCCUCUGGAUUACAUUCAGGUCUUUUCCUCCAAGUUAACUUCUGACAGCUCCAUCCCUUUGAAAUAAAAUAGCACUGUUUUGUUUUCGUCUCCGCUCGUCGUAAAAAAUGUUGCAGAAGGCGUCCUCUGAGCUGUGACAACAGGGGAGUCGUUGGCAUACCGAUUACUCCCAUGCAUUAAACUGAAAAUGAUGAACAUAAUAUGGGGAGAAAAAAUAACAGGUGUUUAUGCCUCUAAUGCUAACACUCCUCACAUCCAGGGAGUAAUAGUGAGAAAAUACUGUUUGGAAAGUACAAAACUGGAGGGAGCUGUCAGCGGAUGGAACAGCGGGACUCUCUCCACCUCGUUUGGUGAACGACAUGUCUAAUGGAGAGAGAGGAUUCACAACAUUAAUGCUUUCGUGACCUUUAUUAUGUGUAUAAAACAUGUAUGAGAAUUUGAAACAGCCCUGUUUACCACGUCAUACCCCCAUACCUGUCUGUCCUGGGGAUGCUAUGUGGGGUGAAUAGUGCUUGAAUUUCUGUGGAACAAAUUGAGCCAUUAAAUUGAAUUUAGCUGUGCUCCAUUGUCAGACCCAUAGCAAAUCCCAAAUUCAUUUUACCAUUACCACUAACAAGGCAGAUCCUCAAUUAUGCAGUGCUUGACUCCAACAGUAUCAGUCCGAUACUUCUUUAUUCUUUGGCUUCUUUUUAGCGUUUUUGUUGCUUGAGAUCAGGAGGGAAAUUUACAUAGAUUUGUUUUCACGCAUUAAUGUGUACAGCUGAAUGUUUUUCGCCGUCAAAGUCAGCCUCCAUAUCAACAGUUUUUCUUUUUUUUUUUAUGAAGUCGUUAAAAUCACCUACAGUACAUAAUUUCCCAUAGAAAUCCAGGCUUUUGAAACCAAUCACUGUAUUGUUCCUUCAAUCAGUUUCACCGUGGGUUGGUAAUUGCUUUUACAAUUUUAUUACUUUUAAAGCUACCGUUUAUCUCGACAGCACAGAUAGAAUAUUGCCCCUUGCCUGCUCUGGUCGUGAAUUGAUGGAAAAGGAAACGAUUGAAUUACCCUGGAGAUUUCACGGAGGGGGAGGGGAGGGGAGGGGGAGGGGAGCACUUGCUCUCACAUUAUCUGGAAGGCACUGCACUCAGUUCUCAUAGUAUUUUUUUUUUUCUUUCCUUUUUAAUGCGGCUGUUGCACGGUGCGUUUCUUUUAUUUAGAUUCUCAAAUUGCUCCAAAUAUUUCAACGGAGUGGACAGCUUCAUUAGGUUCCAGUUAGUUCCUGUUAAGGCCUAUACCCCGGCAUUCAUUCUUCCCAUGGCGGCGUUUACCGGUCAUUGAGCAACACUUUAUUAACCCGGAUUGAGUAUUAAGCAAAUAAAUGUGGAUAGCUCUCGUGGUAUGCCAUGAUUCCCCAACAAUCUCUGGAGGGAAGUGAUUCUAUUUGACUACAGUGUGCAUGUGGACAAACACAAUAUAGAAACUCUCACAUUGUAUUUAUUUAUUUUUUAAUCAACAAGGGCUCAUAUUCAUGAGGAAUUUGGAAAUGUUUCCAAAGGGCCAAACUCAUACAUGCAUAUUUUUUUUUUAUCUCCUCUAUUCUCUAUCUCCAAUAAGCACUUUAUUUUCAAUACAGUGCCUUGUUACAACCCCGUGUUAUCGUGAAACAGCUUGUGUUCAUCAUUUCUUUACUAAAAUUCAGGGGUUAUGUCGGAUAUUAGAAAUUAGAGCUCCUUUUGAGGUUUUCGGUCAAGCCCCUAAUCAUUAUCCUGUCUGGCUAAGUAACCCUGACACACACACACACACGCACGUCUACUGAAAGACUGCGAGCUUUACAUCUAUGGCUUUUGAUCUUUUGAGAAAAAACCUGAGCUUGUUAGCAUCGUUUCCAAGUAACCAUCCAUUUACUGUGCUCUUUUUCUUUUUUCUUUUUUUUCCUUUUUCUGAAUACGCAAUGUGCUCAUUAGUACUGUAUUCUAGCAUGCAAGGAUUGUGCUUGCCUAAAUGUUCGGAUAAAGAUUUGUGUUGCGUGCGUAUGUCAGAGUUUAAAAAUUUGCCUUUUCAACCAAAGAAAAUCACCCAACUUCAACCAAAUUAGGCAGAAUUACAAAAUUAAGAUUAGUUCUUGGUGUUAGUUCCGCUCGUUGGAAAAGUUUUUAAUAGGUAAUAAGACAUUCUUGAAAAUUCAUGCUGGUAAUUCACUUAAUGGGAGCUGCAUCUACUGAAAUAUUUCCUUUUUAACCCAUCUGGUUUUGCCAAGAAAGUUCUCAAAGAAAGUGCAGCACAGUUAAAAAGGAGAUCAGUGAGUUGUGGAUGGAGCCCAGCUAUAAGGGUUAGAAUUGAGUCUUUCUUGAUAGCGGCCGGCUACUUCCUGGUUCUCGCUGCAUAUUUUAAGACAAACUCUGCUCAUGCGAGGUUCAUUUUCGUUAUCAGCCAGACACAGCUCUGAGUUCUCUCCUGCUCACCAUCUCUUCUAUAAUGAAACACACCACAGCUAUGGUCUUUGAGUUCGCUGAGUUUCCUCACACAGUCAGGGACUUGACCAAAAGCUUCCCAUUUUUCUGCAGCUUUCGUUGUUCGGCACAGGCCCCGCUGUGCAUGUAUUGAAAACCCGAGCCAUCCAUCAGUUAUUCUGGGUGACUUAUUCUGCAUCAGCCAUCAUUUGUAAUCUCCCAUCUUUCACUGUCACCGCAUAUUGACGGAUACGGCAAAAAAAAAAAAAAAACAAGAAAAAAAAACACUGUGUUUCAGGCUCGUUCCGUGCAAUUUGCCUUCACUAUUCAGCCCAUUUCAGCACGAGAAGAGGAAAAAGAUGUGUUUUGAAAAGCCUUGGAGCUUAGGUGAACUUUAUUCUGUAUAUGAAAGUAUGAGUGGGCUGGUAAGAUAAAGGAUUUGUGAUGGGAUUACUGGAGUUAUUUCUAAACAACCACUGAAUGUAUUUCAUUUCACUGAGUGCAUCAGGAUUUAUCAAUCUAUAUUGUGUUCGAUAUCUGCAAAUCCCACAGCUUCUCUCAGAGUUUGUAUGCAGUAAUGGGUUAAAAAAAAAAAAAAAGAUGUUGCCGGUGUGUGUUACCCUUGGAAUUAAAACAUAAUCAAAUUUAUCCAGAGUAUAAUAUUGCAAAAAUAUUUGCAGACUUACUUUUCGAUGCCAGAGAUUUAACAUUAUUAUUAUUUUUUUUAAGGUAAAGUUUUACAAGAUCCCACAAAUUUACUUUGUAACGUAUUUUCAAGUUAGCCCAGUGGAUCUUUCUCUGAGACUUAAUCUCAUGGCCACCCCUUAUAAGAGAAAUCAGCAGGCGCCUCAACAAAACCACAAAACAGUAAAAGGCGUCACUGCCUUGCUGUACACCAAAAGGGUUAAACAAACAAACUCAUAACUUGAGCAGACUGUAACGGCCGAGCGACUACUGACGGAACGUGUCUCUAAGAAAACAGAAUAUGUUAACGAAUAUAAAACCUUUUUUUGUACAGAGAUAUAUUUUUAUGAAAAUACAUUUGUAAUAUAAAAAGAAAAAAACGGAUUGACAUAUAUGUAAAUGUUUUUCUUUUUCAUUAUUGUAGUACAAAUGCUAGUGGGGAGUAUAUGAAAAAUCUAUAUAUAUAAAUAUAUAUAUAUAAAUAAAUAUAAAUAUAUACAAAGAAAAAUAGAAACAAGGCUUUUUUCUAUAUGUAAAAAAGAUUGUACAUAAAAGUUUACAUACAUACUGUACAUAUGUAAGACCCACCAUGGCUUGUCUGCAAUAUAUAAAAUGUAUUUUAUCCGUCUGUAUAUGAUGCUUUGCAUUGUGUCUAAGCUUAUUCUACUUUCUUGAACUUGAAACUUAUUUUGAAGGUUUUGGAAUAAAAUAUAAAACCUACUCUC